AUGUUCUCGACCUCGAACGACCUCACCCACUCUUUGUGCCUCGACGCGAUACAUAGAAAAGAGAAAAAAUGGCUCUCGCUUCUAUCGCUGCGAUUUGGUGCAGUACUGUGUACCAUGAUAGCAAUAAUAUGCUUUGCCUGGGCCUUGGUAAAACAUGAUGAAGGCAUUGUCUCAACCGAUGGGCUAGGAGCAGCCUGGGCUUCAAUCAAUAUAGGCACAGCCUCGUACGGAUUCGUCUGGUCCACUGUUGUUCUCAUCGUUGUCUUUUGCAACUGUGCUAUUCCUCCUGGAGUAACCAUCGCAUUUGACUGUAUUGCUUUCCUCGCUCAGAUAAUCACUGUUUGCUUGGAAUUGAUUGAGAUUGCCCAUUGGCACGCUGGUGGUUAUGGAGAUUACAGUCACCCAGAUGCGGGUCCGUUGUAUGGAGCAGAAUGUUUGGCGUGUUCUGUGAUGCUUCUUGGGAUUCUUUUCAACAUCAUCCUCUUUUUGCGCGCCUCUAUGGCCUGUCAUGGGCAGCGGAAGGCUGCGAAGAUCGCUAAACAGCAGACACUCGAUGCGUGA